AUGAUGCUGCGCGGGCCGAAGUCGGGAACGCUCCAUCUUCAUGCGGCGCCAAGUGUGGAUGCAAGUGACGACGGCGAAGACGACGGCCUAUAUGCACACAUGAAGCCGAGCACGACUUACUGCUGGAAGCUGCGCCAGUCGAAUCAAGCGACCGAGGUCCUCGUCGGUGGCCAAGGAAGCGCAUGUGCGCUCACGAUGACGCUCAUGCUGCCGCGACUCCUGACGGGGAUACCUACCACGGUGACAGCCGCGUGGACCAUCUCGAUGAUCCAAUAUCCUACCAGCAAGGCGCUGGGCCUCUCGGAGCUACGCGCUGCAAUCGAUGCGACUGGCAUCGCUGGCGUCGAGGCUCUAGCGACGAUACAAGCAUGCUGGGCGCAAGGCCUUGCGUCUUGCGACCUUUUCUCGCUCGACACGUCUCUGCCAGCGUGUAUGCUGGUCGUUCCUCUUGGCGGCGGCAUGACAGACGACAGCUCGCGCAACUUCUCGGCGACUGUGCUUCUCGAUCGACCGGGCGUCUACUGCUUGUAUGCCCGCGUGGCGCUGCCAGUGUCGAAGUCGCUCGGGUUGUAUGAUUUUGCCGUCGUCCAGCGCACAGAGCUUCGGCCAUCCAUCGACCAGCUUUCACGUUCGGGGUCCACCGAAACGUCGCCGCCAGCAUCGAGUCGCAACGCCGACGACAAGUGGCCGGUGAUUGCAGCGUCGUCCAGUCUUUUCGUACUCGCGCUGCUCGGUCUCGCGUGUCUCUUCUACCGGAAGCGGCACAAUGCGCUCUUGUCGCAAGCUCGUGCGCCGAGUGACGACCGCGCGACACUUGCCUCCAGGGGCAUAAUGGUCAAGUCCAAGCCCCGGGUCAUGUCACGCGUUCCCAUCAUCGAGUCGUCAACGCCUUUCGUCUACGAGUGUCCGACGGCCACGUGGGCCGGAAGUCCCGACGCCCGCUUUGACGAUGAUGUCUCGAUCGAUACGUCGUUUGUGUACUUGGCGGCCGACGUAGAUGCUAGUGCAGUCUCAGACAGUACACUUGAUACAACGUCGUUGGGCAUUUGA